AUGGCGAAGGACAUGAGCACAUUUGAGAGGAUGAGAGGAGGGCAUAAGGGUUGUCUAACCAAGAUCCAAGCGACGAUAGCCAAGCAUGAAAACAGUUCAAAACUUCUCUCAGUGGACGAAGCCAAAGGACUUCUCAAAAGCGUGGAAACUUUGGAGAGCAAGGCAAGAGACAUAGCGGACGACAUAUUUUCAUUGUGUACCACUGACGACCUGAUGAAGAAGGCAGUGGAGGAAGCGGAUGAUCUCGACAUGAGGAUCAUUGAGACAUUGGGACGACUGCAGGUCAUCUUGAGAUCCUAUCCUGACACAAGCGGCAGCGCAGCGAUCCACAAGGACACGGUCAAGCUCCCACGGAUGGAACUUCCAGAUUUGGACGGCAAGUACGAAAAUUGGCAAAGUUUUCAAGAUCUCUUCAUAGCAAGUAUUGACAACAACAAAGCGCUAUCGGGCGCGCAGAAGUUGCAAUACUUUAAAGUGUGUGUUAAGGGCGACGCCUUCAAUCUCAUCAAAUCUUUCUCCAUCACCGACUCUCACUUCAGGGAGGCGUGGAGUUUGCUUGUCGACAGAUAUGACAACAAACGGGAAAUUACUCAAGCAUUAGUCAAUCGGAUUUUCAGCCAACCUCAUCUCAAACAAGAAUCUGCAUCAAGUCUGCAGCAAUUGUUGGAUGUCACAAUGGAAAGCAUGAGAUCCCUUCGUGUGUUAGGUCGGCCCGUGGACGAAUGGGACGAUCUCAUCGUGUUCAUUGUGACGGAUAGGAUGGACUCAGCGACGCGGCGUGAAUGGGCAAUGUCACUAACCGGCACUGAUCCACCGUCACUCAAGGAAUUACAAGAAUUCCUUGAGAAGCACAUCAGAGGACUUCAAUCCCAAGGAGGCAAGUCAUCAUCAUCAUCAUCAGGGGAACGGCGACAAUCGUCUUCUCAAUCUCAUCAUGGUUCGGGGGAACGGCGACACUCGUCUUCUCAUUCCCAUCAUGUUUCGGCCACAGCAGCCAAUGGAAUAUCGUGUCACAAUUGUAAGCAAUCACAUUAUCUUUACCAAUGCCAACCAUUUCGCACUUUGUCACCGGAGGAAAGGUCAGUCAAAGUCAGCAACUGGUCGCUUUGUCGUAAUUGUUUCAAGUCCAAUCAUAUUGCAAAAGACUGUCCAAGUAAUCAUUCACGUAAGAAAUGCAACAAACGUCACAAUACUCUACUUCACUUCGAAUCAAGACGCGCAGCAACGCCACAAUCGGAAUCAUCAUCAUCUCACAUCAACACCCAAGGAAGUCAUGAUCAAUUAACAUUAAUGAAAACUGCAUUAGUUAAUGUUGAAGAUAAGGCAGGUAAUCAAUUUACUUGUAGGGCGUUUUUAGAUGACGGCUCAGAAUCAAGCUUCAUCACGGAGAGCUGUGCCACGAGUCUUGGUUUGACUCGUCAGAGGACAAAUGUCAAGAUUACUGGAUUAUCGUCGUCGUGCGUGGGGUCAUCCAAGUUCAAGGUAAACCUCAAUCUAUCCUCAUUAUCACAAGGAUCAAGUUUCAGUGUGGAUGCAUUGAUCGUGCCAAGAGUUACAGCACCAAUGCCCAAAUUACCAAUCAACAUCUCAUCAUUUUCAUAUCUACGUGGUCUCAAACUGGCAGACCCUAAAUUCAAUGAACCCAGGCAAGUGGACAUUUUACUUGGAGCUGACGUGGUGGCAUCCAUUAUCAGACCAGGAUUGAAAAAUGGCCCAAAGAAUACUCCCAUUGCACAGAACACUCUACUUGGAUGGGUGUUAUCUGGUCGCACAUUAGUCAAAUCAACGGAUUCAGCCGAAGUCACCGUCCUUCACAACAGUUUGGAGGAGGUCAUUCAGCGCUUCUGGGAAGUGGAAGAGCUACCGAGUCAGCGUCACUUCACUCAAGAGGAGAAGGAAUGUGAACAGCACUUCGUCGCCAACCACAAACGAGAUAUCAUUACAGGUCAAUAUACAGUCAAAUUACCAUUCAACAACAAUUUAACUAAUUUGGGGCUCUCUAGAGAACAAGCUUUGCGAAGGUUAAUGUCUUUGGAGAGGCGUUUCCAGAAAUUUCCAGGUUACAAGGACGAGUAUGUAAAAUUCAUGCGAGAUUAUAGCUCCCUUGGCCAUAUGAUGCAGAUUCCUCCAGAUAAGAUCAACCACAACCGAGGAUUUUAUCUUCCACAUCACUUCGUACUUAAGGAGAACAGCAGCACUACUAAAUUGAGGGUGGUGUUUGAUGGCUCCGCAAGGUCAACCACCGGAAUCUCACUAAAUGCAGCAUUGAUGGUAGGUCCUACUAUUCAGGAUGACUUAUGCACAAUUCUGAUGAGAUUUAGGAUGAAGCCAAUCGCCCUGAAGGCCGACAUAGCAAAAAUGUAUAGGCAGUUCAAGGUGGCUGAGGAGGAUUGGGAUUUUCAGAAAAUUCUUUGGAGAGAAUCACCCUCAGAACCAAUUAAGGAAUAUUGGUUGUUAACUGUGACGUACGGCACCGCACCCGCGCCGUAUUUGGCAACUCGUUCACUACAACAAUUAGCGUCAGACGAGGCAAGUAGUUAUCCUAUUGCAUCAAAAAUUCUACUUGAGGACAUGUAUGUAGAUGAUCUUCUCGGUGGAGCAAGCAAUGUGGAGCAAGCAAUCAUUGUUCAAAAACAAUUAGUGGACCUCGUGGCGAAAGGUGGCAUGCAAAUUAGGAAAUGGAUGACAAACAACCCUACCGUUCUUCAGUCCAUUCCCCCAGAACUAAGGGAAAGUAGCGACACUUUGGAUUUGGACAGCACUGCAUCAUUUCCCACUCUCGGCAUUGAAUGGAAACCCUCAUCAGAUGUUUUUACUUUCUCCGUUCAGCCCUCACAACACAUCGUCAAGAUCACAAAACGACAACUACUCUCAGAGUUAGCAAAGGUUUUCGAUCCACUCGGAUUUCUGUCACCAGUCACUAUCAACGCAAAGGUCAUGUUCCAGCAAUUAUGGAAAGACAACGUUAGUUGGGACGACGAGCUCUGUCCUCAAAUUCAAGCAACCUGGCUACAAUAUCAACAAGACUUAGCAAGCAUUAAACAACUGCAAAUUCCAAGAUGUGUUACCACCGGCACUGUUGGAGUAACUCACCAAAUCCAUGGGUUUUCUGACGCCUCAGAGAAAGCCUAUUCAGCCGUCGUCUACCUGCGGACUGAAGGGGAAGAUGGUAACGUAACAGUAAGAUUUAUUGCUGCCAAAACCAGGGUGGCGCCGGUAAAACAAUUAUCUAUUCCAAGGUUGGAGUUGUGUGGAGCGGUCAUUUUAAGUGAAUUGAUUCAAGGCAUUAUGCAGGCUUGUAAUCUCUCAUGCUCAGUUACAGCCUGGACAGACUCAACAUUGGUCCUCGGUUGGCUCAAGGCAUUUCCUGGCAAGUGGAAAAGAUUCGUCGCCAAUCGCGUGGCGAAAAUCCAAGAAGAAACCCCCUACAAUUUGUGGCGAUACGUUCGGAGCGAGGACAAUCCUGCCGACUGCGCCUCAAGAGGAAUAUCCACACCAGAUCUCAUCAAUCAUCAUUUGUGGUGGACUGGUCCUCAUUGGUUACAAAGUAGUUCAUUCCCAUCUCCACAUCCGGCAGAGUUCUCAGCGGAAGUGGACAGAGAAGAAAAGUCCAUCAAGACGACGACACUUCAUUCAACUAUCUCUGACUCAAUCAUAACAAGGUAUUCUUCUUUAUCAAGACUGGUCAAGAUUACGGGAUAUAUCAAUCGAUUCAUCUACAAUAUGCGAAGAAAGAACAAACACGAGCGAAAGUGUGGUCCAUUCUAUCCCCAAGAGUUAGAAGAUGCAUUAUCCUCACUUGUCAAAAUUGUGCAAAAUCAGGAAUUCUACAACGAAGUCAAAUGUUUGGAGAGAAGACAUGCACUACCAACGAAGAGCAAAUUAAUUCAACUUCAUCCAUUUCUAGACCAAGGUGGCAUUCUUCGAGGGGGUGGUCGCCUCCAACAUUCCCAUGUGCAUGAGGAGCAGAAACAUCCCAUAAUUCUCCCUCAUAAUCAUCAUUUGACAACAAUUGUCAUUCGACAGUGUCAUCAUGACACAUUACAUGGUGGUCACAAGUUAGUCCUAUCCACACUUCUUAAAAAAUUCUGGAUUCUACGAGGAAGAGAAACCAUCCGUCACAUCAUCCGAAAAUGUGUCAUCUGCAGACGUCACAAAGCCAAUUUAGCACAACAAUUAAUGGGGAGUUUGCCAUCAACUCGGGUAACUGUUGGUAGACCUUUCCUCAAUUCUGGAGUGGAUUUCGCUGGCCCCUACCAAAUCCUAAAAUGCAAGGGAAAGGGAGCGAGGUCAUUUAAAUGCUAUUUUGCUAUAUUCGUUUGUUUCAGUACAAAGGCCGUUCACCUGGAGUAUGUGACAGAUCUUACCACUGAAGCGUUCAUUGCUUGCUAUAAGAGAUUCACAGCAAGACGAGGCAUCCCAGCAAUUAUGUAUAGUGAUUGCGGGACCAAUUUUGUGGGAGCAGAGAAGGAACUCGCAGCCAGCAUCCAAUCUGCAGAGUACAAUCAUGUGGUGGCGAACAAGUUGUCACCUCUCGGAACAUUGUGGAAAUUCAACCCACCCGCAGCACCACAUCAAGGAGGACUUUGGGAGGCAGGCGUGAAAUCUGUGAAAUUUCAUCUUCGUCGUGUCAUUGGCCAAAGCAACAUAACACUGGAGGAGUUCGGAACUCUUCUCUGCUGCGUGGAAGAAAUUUUGAAUUCUCGACCCUUGUGUGCACUGUCAACCAGCCUUGACGAUCUCGACGCGUUGACCCCAGCGCAUUUCCUCAUCGGAGGUCCUAUCAAUUCAGUACCAGAACCAAACUUGCAAGAAAUCAAAAUCAACAGAUUGUCCAGAUGGCAAAGGGUCCAGCAAAUCUCUCAACAUUUUUGGAAACGAUGGCAGAAUGAGUAUUUGUCCACCCUUCAACAACGGUUCAAGUGGACACAGAAGCGAGCCAAUUUUAAGAAGGAUGAUUUGGUCUUGGUCCAUGAUGAACAAUUGCCCCCCGCUAAAUGGAAACUCGGUCGAAUCAUUGAUGUCCAUCCAGGAGCAGAUUCAUUGGUUCGAGUCGUCACAAUUCGUACAAAGUCCGGAGACUACAAACGUCCUAUUGCUAAGCUGAGUCCUUUAUUACCAUGUUCUGAUUAA